CUCCAGCCUCCAGCCAGGUGGUACCGUACCGGCGUGUUUUUGUGAAGGUGUAUUUUUGCAAGCAGGAUACGAUAAAUUUAUCCACUGGUAGGCCUAGCUACUGGUGCAAUAUUAUAAUUGGUUGUAUUUUUAUAUGUUAUGCGAAAGGGAUUAUUCUUAUUUGCAAGAAUGGCAACUUCAGCUAAGCGAGUGAAAUUGAGUGGUGAAGAACGCUCUCAAAAGCUAGCAGAAUUAAUAUCUGCAGGAUGGAAAGAAGUAGAGGGCAGAGAUGCUAUUCAAAAAGUUUUCAUGUUCAAAAAUUUCAAUCAGGCCUUUGGUUUUAUGUCUCGCACCGCCCUACAAGCUGAGAAAAUGGACCAUCAUCCUGAGUGGUUUAAUGUAUACAACAAGGUGGACGUGACUUUGAGUACACAUGAUGUGGGUGGCCUGUCGGAUAAUGAUGUUAACCUCGCGAAAUUUAUGGAAACCGCAGCGGCGUCAUUGAAGUAGACCACAUCAUCAUGCUGACAUUUUUUUAUAAUUUAUUUUCUUUGUAUUAGCAGUUAUACCCUUUCAUUUUUAUUCUGACUGCACCAUAUCUUUCUAUUUAUGUUCCUUUAACCGAAGAUACUAGAUUCAAAGAAAAAAAAAACAUGCAUCACCGAAUUGCAUUGUGUGUAAUCUGUACUAAUGCAAGUUUGUUUAUAUCCAGUCGUACAACGUGGCCCCAUGUACGACUGUAUCACGUAUGUGUGGAUCUGGUCUGGAUAUAAACUUACGUAAAUUGCCAUUAUUAGAAACGGAAAGGCGCCGGGUACAUCUGGAUCUACGUAAAAUAUAUGACGUAUACGCUUCACUUUUGCUAUGCAAAAGUUUUAUAUUGUUUCUAGUAUCUUCGCUUCAUUGUUGAAAUAAAUUAUUUUUAUCUGAACCUGGUCAUAAGCAAGGUUAAUUGCUGUUUUUAGUUUCCAUAUAUUUUCAUUACUGUAUACUAAUAUAAGACAAUCAUCCUACGAAUCGAUGAUAAAUUACUUGAAGUGUCUUCCAAUAAUUGCUCUUUAUUCAUUCAAGUAUUUAUUAGUGUAAUCAUCAAAGUUCCAUUUAAAUGUAAGUGAGCCAUGCAGUCAAAAAUAUGUUCAUCAUGUAUUUGAUUAUUUCCAUUAUUGAAAUUUGUGGGAUAAUCGGCAGAUGGCAUUGUCAUCUAAUGCUCACGGUGAGGGGCGUUAGAUUCGUAGGCUGGCAGUCAUAUGACCAUCGUACGCUGCAGUGAGGCUUUAGAAAACAUGUAAUGAAUAACCAAAAAUUUUUUUUAAAAACAUUAAAAAUUAAUGAUAAAAAUGUGUACCGGUAUUUUAUCAAAAUUUUUAACAACCGAAAGAAAUUGCCAAGCCUUAGCAGACAGACAUUAUUACAAGUUCAUUUGACAUUAGGAAACAUAUUUUCUUUUGUACCUUUGUACAAUUUUCUUUUGUAUAUUUUUAGAUGAAUAAAUCUUUCCGGAGGGCAA